AGGGUAAUGGUCAUAUGGAUUUCGAGAAAUUAAAGUUACGACCAUACGACGCAAUGGGAUUAUAUGAAACGAUUGGAUUAUAUGAAACGAUGGGAUCAUACGAUUUUGUCUUAACUAUGACCGCGUUAUUACAUUUUUCAGGUUCAGCAAUUACACGACAGUCUAAAAUUUCCGAAAAUGGCAGUGUUAUGGUUACGCAGAAUUAUGCAGAUGAUGCAGAUAAUGAAGAUAAAAAUAAAGAUAAUUGA